AUGGCAGAAGUCCUUCAUAAAGAAUUGUCAUCUCAUGGAUAUCAAGCAUAUCAGAUGUUGCGUUCGAAGGUUGAAUUGCAAUGUAGUACACGUUCACGUAGCGAUAAUCUUCCUGAAGAUAGAGAAGACUUACUUCGUUUUAUCAGCUAUCGAUGUAAUGUCGUGGAACAUCCCGACUUAGAAGAGGCUCACUGUGAUAAAACAUUUGCUCCUGAUGGCAAAAACGAUUUUGUAGGUCUAUUAGCUGACCGGCUUAAUGAAUGUGUAUACACAGUUAGCAUCGCUGAAGAUUGUCCCCCAUUGAUUCUACAGUCACGAUAG